AUGGAUGAACAGAGUGUUAAGAAGUUGUUGAGUGGAAGCAAAAUGCUGGAACAUCAUGCAGCCACAUACGAGGUGAAUGCGCAAUUCAACCGCAUGGUAUCACCGGACGAACUUGAUGAGCGGCGACGCGACGAUUUAACCCGAAUGAAAGAGCAACUCCGCAAUUUGCUAGCGCAAGAACGAGUGAACAAAACUGGAUGCAUUUCAGAAGGAGUAUGGGAAAACGAUCGACAUCGAGUACGGCUAACACACGUCGAAGGUAAAUGGCAAUCGUUUGGUUACGAGAAUGCGACCGGAAAGUACGUAGACUGUCACGAAGCGCUUUUCCUAAUGGAAAUGAACAGGUUAAUGGUUAAAUGGGACGGUAUAGUGGUGUCUAUCGAACAAGGCUAUAGCUUGUUCCUGGGGUUUCCAGACUGCUUGACGUUGGAGGAAUAUCAUGUGUAUUCGGUUCUAAAUCGUACGGGAUAUUAUCUGCUUCGCUACGAUCCUGAACGCAAAACAUACCAAAGCGACGAGAGUGAUCUUCCGUCGGUGGAAGAACGAUGCGUUUGGAGCAUUCUGUACGGGAUGCUUAAUCAACCGAACCCACGGGACUCGGUAUAUGGCACGGCGGACAGUAAGCUGCAGGAACGUGUUCGAAGGUCCAUGUUGCACUACAGCAAAUUAAUUCGAACAUCAUGCUCCAUGAAUGAGACGCGUAACGCUACUACAUCGCAAGCAACGAACCAUACGUAUGAGCCGGUUCCGAAGAAACCCCAUUUAGAAGACUCCUAUCCGUUGGAGGACCAACUCGAUGGCUUCAAAGCAGUCGAACGUUUUCGGCGAAUGUUCGAUAGGUUCGAUAUCAUCCGCAGCAUGAGUGAGAAUGAGAACGUUCACAGCAACGAACAUCCAACACCUGAGACUGACCUGCAGCUCACGUUUGAUUUGUUCUCAGCCGAUGCGCAAAGCUUCAAAAAGACCCUUCCUCCUUUACCGAUUGCAAGGAUUCUUGUGCGAAGGUCUUGUCAACCAAUGCCAUCUUUUAAGGAACUACAACAACUGUACCAAGCUCAGCCAAUUCCUAGCCCACUAAUGCUGAUGCUCGUAUCGGACAGCUUAACCGUUAACUGUUUCCUGUAUGAUAUGAGACCAUUAUCUCGCAACAUCAUCACUCUAUCGUCCGAUCAUUCUUCGACGGCCAACGUGUUACGGUAG